CUGCCACAAUGGGACGCACAGCAUACCAGCACUACAUUCCGCCGGUAAACUUUGGCUAUGUCGAGAACGAUCUGUACCGGUGCGGCCAGCCGAACGAGCUAAACUUCCCGUUCAUGGAGAAACUCGGCCUGCGCUGCAUUCAACUGCACCACCUGGGCGUGCUUGAAAGCGGCAACGCGUCGGACCCAAUCACCGAGGACACGAUCCUGGAGGCAUUCAAUCUGAUCCUGGACAAGGCCAACCACCCGAUGGCCAUCAUGUGCAAUAUCGGCAGACACAGGACAGGCACUGUCGUCGGGUGUCUGCGCAAGCUGCAGAGAUGGAACUUGGCGUCGAUCUUUGAGGAGUACAGGAGGUUCGCCGGGCCCAAGGUGCGCAUGCUCAACGAGCAGUUCAUCGAGCUGUUUGAUACCGACCUGGUCCGCAUCCCCGGGGAUCCGCCCGAGUGGCUGUAAAGAUUAUGCAUAGGAUAAAAGCAAUACAUUGACGGCGCAUACAUGGGGC